AUGUCCUCUAGGUUAUGGUGGCUUUUGUUCCUGCUGGACCACCAAGUCUUUUUGGCACAAAACACCAACGAAGAAAAAAGAAAUGGAAUGAGAAAACAGAAGCCCAAACCAUUCCUCUCAAAUGCAGUAGAAAAGUAUCCCAGUCCAAGUGACCAAGAUGAAGACUGCAUUCUGGAAAUGGCUUUCCUUCUGGACAGUUCGGAGAGUGCAAAAAACUUCAAUCACGAACAACAGAAGAAGUUUAUCUUGGAGAUAGUGGACAGGAUGAAAGGGCUGCAGCUCAGCUCCGGACGUUCCCUCAGCUGGAGGACGGCCUUGCUGCAGUACAGCAGCACCGUCCUCAUAGAGCAAACCUUCAGAGAUUGGAAGGGCCCAGAUGCCUUUAAAUCCCGCAUCGCCCCCAUCACCUACAUCGGCCACGGCACCUACACCACUUACGCCAUCACCAACCUCACGCAGCUCUACAUGACCGAGGGGACUCACGGGAGCGUGAAAGUAGCUGUGCUCCUGACGGACGGAGUGGACCACCCGAGAAACCCAGAUAUUUUCUCAGCCACUGCCGAUGCUAAACACCAAGGCAUCGUGUUCUUCACAGUGGGGAUGACCAGAGUGGCCGAGGAGGUGGCCAAUGCCGCCAAGCUUCGGCUCCUGGCCAGUGUCCCGGCAUCCAGGUUUGUCUUCAAUCUGCAAGAGAAAGGAGUUGUGGAGAGAAUUCUCAAAGAAAUGAAAGAACUGGCAGAAGAAGGGUGUCCCCAGCCUCCAAUAUGUAACUGUGAAAAGGGAGAAAGGGGUCUUCCUGGCCCUGCUGGUAAAAAGGGUCGUCCUGGUGAUGAUGGAGCCCCUGGUCCAAAGGGCGUGAAGGGGGAGCCAGGCUUAAAUGGAAUUCCAGGAAGAGAUGGAACAGAGGGAAAGUCUGGAUACAAAGGAGAAAAGGGUGAAAGAGGCGAAUGUGGAACACCAGGAAUAAAAGGAGACAGAGGUCCAGAAGGCCCAGGUGGACCAAGAGGCCUCCGAGGUCUUCAGGGUUCCCAAGGACAGCCUGGAGACCAAGGACCUGAAGGAAUGCAAGGAUCAAAGGGUGAAAGAGGCCUGCCUGGCCCUGCUGGACUGACUGGAGAAACGGGAGUAGGGUUGCCUGGCCCCAAGGGUGACAUUGGUUUAACAGGAAGACCAGGCCCUGUUGGGCCACCAGGCGUUGGAGAACCAGGUUUACCGGGGCCUCAAGGACCACAAGGUAUUCAGGGAGAAAGGGGGUCUCCAGGAGAAGGGCUUCCAGGACCAAAGGGAGAUCGUGGCUUUGACGGCCCAAAGGGACCCCGGGGCCAACCAGGCAUUGGCAUAAAGGGUGAAAAGGGUGAAAUUGGUCCGCCUGGUUUGCCUGGGCCUCUUGGAUUACCUGGUGUUGGACUUCAAGGAGAGAAGGGAGUGGAAGGCCCCAAAGGACCACCAGGGCCAAGAGGGCCACCUGGACAGGGAUUGCCCGGACCAAAGGGUGAUCAAGGUUUACCGGGAGAAACUGGAGCUCCGGGAGAAAGAGGUCUUGGAGAACCUGGAGCAAAGGGGGAACCAGGUUCUUCAGGACUAGCAGGUCUACCUGGCCUGCCAGGAGAAGAUGGAGCACCAGGCCAAAAGGGAGAACCAGGAUUACCUGGCCCCCGUGGUCCAGAAGGUGCUCCUGGAAUUGGAAUACAGGGUGAAAAGGGUGAUCAAGGUCAAAGAGGUAUACGUGGAUUAUCAGGACCAACUGGAGUGCCAGGACCUGCAGGGGCUAAAGGUGAACCCGGUACACCUGGGCGUCUUGGAAUGCCAGGUCUCCCUGGACGAGCCAUUAUGGGACCAAAGGGUGAUCUUGGAUUACCAGGACCUCCUGGCCCAGUUGGAGAACAGGGAAUAGGGAUUCCUGGGGCUAAGGGCGAUCGUGGACAUCCAGGACCACCAGGACCAUUUGGACCAAAGGGAGAUGGGUACCCUGGCCCACCUGGUCUUCCGGGUCUUCCAGGACCUCAAGGAGAUCAAGGCCCUGAAGGGAUUGGGUUACCUGGACCAAAGGGUGAUCCCGGUAUCAGAGGACCAGCUGGCCCCCCAGGUCCAGCAGGAGAAGGCCUACCAGGGCCUAAAGGCAAUGUUGGGCAACAAGGACCACCUGGAGCCUUGGGACCUCCAGGUGAAGGUAUCCAAGGACCAAAGGGUGAGCAAGGAAUUCAAGGAAUGCCAGGACCCCGUGGGGCUCCUGGAGAAGGGCUUCUUGGACCCAAGGGUGAUCGUGGAGCUGCUGGUGAAAGAGGAAGAAAAGGAGAGAAGGGCAACAUGGGUGACCCUGGUUCAGCUGGAGAACCUGGCAGAACCGGAGCGAAGGGCGAGCAAGGUCUAACAAGAGAAGAUAUAAUUAAAUUGAUUAAAGAGAUAUGUGGUUGCGGUAUCAAAUGCAAGGAGAUACCUAUGGAGCUUGUGUUUGUGAUUGACAGCUCUGAAAGUGUGGGCCCAGAGAACUUUGAAAUAAUCAAAGAUUUUGUCACUGCUUUGGUAGACAGAGUAACCGUAGGGAGAAAUGCCACCAGAAUUGGCCUUGUCCUCUACAGCCUGGAGGUUCGGCUAGAAUUUGGACUUAAUAGGUACACAACUCAACAGGAUGUGAAACAAGCAAUCAGGAAGAUGUUAUAUAUGGGAGAAGGUACUUACACAGGCACAGCCAUCCGUAAAGCAACACAGGAAGGAUUUUUUGGGGCUCGAACUGGCGUGAGGAAAGUUGCCAUAGUCCUCACAGAUGGCCAAGCAGAUAAGAGAGAAGCCGUCAAGUUGGAUAUUGCUGUCCGAGAGGCUCAUGCAGCUAACAUUGAAAUGUAUGCCAUUGGAAUUGUGAACACUUCAGACCCAACGCAAGUUGAAUUCUUGCGGGAGCUGAAUCUCAUUGCAUCAGACCCAGACAGAGAACAUAUGUACCUUAUUGAUGACUUUAAUACUCUUCCAGCUUUGGAGUCCAAACUUGUUAACCAGUUUUGUGAAGAUGAACAUGGAGCCUUAAUAUAUAAUCGGAUUGGAGCUGGAGGAAGCAUAAAUGGACCAUCUAUCCACUCAGUAUCUUCUCGUUCUUCACAAUACAUAUUGCACACAAACAGUAAUAAUGGACAGUCAGUUUUAUCAAAUGAAUAUGAAACACCAGGAAAAGAGAGUUCUAUAAAUCUUGGCCAGCCUUCUCAACCAUUAAUCCCGACCAAAGAAUUGCACAGGUCAUCUCAUGAGAACUACGAUGUGGAACCUGAGGAUCUCUCAUCUUUGUCUCCUGUUAAAGCAGUUACUUCAGCACUGCCAUCUUUGCCAUCAUCACCAUCGUCAUCACCGCCGUUGGCAUCGCUAACAACAGAGAAAAUGCUCCCACCUCCUCAUUCAUCAACUUCCUCCAUGCCACCUACACCCAAACCAGAAAAUCUCCUUCGCCCUCCACAAUGUAAAUUAAGAUUAGAUCAAGGACCAUGCCGGGUGUAUAUUAUAAAAUGGUAUUACGAUAAGCAAGCCAAUUCUUGUGCUCAGUUUUGGUACGGUGGCUGCGAUGGAAAUGCUAACCGCUUUGAUAUCGAGGAAGACUGUAAAAAGACCUGCGUAUUGUCCUCUUGAGAUGGCUGAAGGAUAUUAACAGAGACGCUCACCGAGCAGAAUUCAACAGAAAAGAUUGAUAGCCGAGAGAGAGGAGAUU